UGUCAUCGGAAUGACAUGCGCUGCUUGUGCUGGAUCCGUUGAGAAAGCAGUCAAACGCCUUCCUGGUAUUCGCGAGGCUGCUGUUGAUUUCUUGAAUAAUCGGGCUCAAGUUUUAUUCUAUCCGACUUUCGUUAACAAAAUAACAAGUUGAUCGUGUUCAUUAUUUGCCUCCAGAUGAUUUCCAGCACAGUGAUAGGUAAGAAAAGGUGUUCUCUUUUCUAUUAAAGUUAGAAAUGUCCAUUUUUUAGGCUAUGCACAAGCAAACUUGUGCUUUUUCUUCCAUUGAGAUAAAAACGUAAUGCCUGUUAUGAUCGUCACAUCAGCGUCGAAAUCUUGCAUUAGAAUAGAAGAAGACAUGAAGAACAUAAAUGGGUUUGUGUUUCUAGAAUAGGCCAGGCUUGUGAACCCAAACCAUGCUAAGCUGGCUGUUAGGAUCUAUGAGGGUCUUGCCUAAUACAUUUGGGCCUGUGGAGCCCAGAUGGACAUGCCCAAUUUAACCUUUUAUAGACUUCAUAGCUCAGGACCUUCAGGUCAGCAGCUGUCCUGUGACGGAAGAAGCAUAUUUACAGUCAUAGCUGCUGAUUUGGUUACAGAUAGGAACUAAUCUAACAUGCCUGCUUCUGUUUUACCUAUGCUCCUUAUGAUUUGUGUCUUUAGUUCCACCGUUAAUCUCUUUAAUGUUCAUGACUUUGUAAUAACAUAUAUGAAUAGGAAGAAACCAUUCGUGAAACUAUCGAAGAUGCGGGAUUUGAGGCCAAACUGAUUCAAGAUGAGACCAGUGAUAGAUCAACUCAGGUAUGCCGGAUGCUCAUUAAUGGAAUGACUUGCACUUCUUGUUCUAACACGGUUGAGCAAGCUCUGCAAGCAACUCAAGGUGUACAAAAGGCUCAAGUGGCCUUGGCAACUGAAGAAGUAGAAGUUCAUUAUGAUCCAAAGGUUCUGAGCCACAACCAGCUCUUACAGUCCAUAGAGGAUAUAGGAUUUGAAGCCAUACUUAUCAGUACAGGUGAAGACAUAGACAAGAUACACCUUAAAGUUGAUGGUAUAAGGAAUGACCAUUCAAUUGAAGCGAUUGAAAAUUCUCUUCGAGCACUUCCUGGCGUUCAAAAUAUAGACAUAGACACUGCACUCAACAAAUUCUCUAUUUCUUACAAACCAGAAAUGACUGGUCCUAGAAAUUUUAUCAAAGUGAUUCAAUCAAUUGGAGCCGGACGAUUGAAGGCCAUGAUCUUUCCUGAAGGGUCAGGAGGAAGAGAAAGCCAUAGACGAGAGGAAAUUAAGCAAUAUUACAGAUCCUUCCUUUGGAGUUUGGUUUUUACCAUUCCUGUAUUCUUAAUAUCCAUGGUUUUUAUGUACAUCCCUGUGAUUGAGCAUCGAUUGGAGACUAAAAUAGUCAAUAUGCUGACUACAGGAGCAAUUUUGAGGUGGGUUCUAUCCACUCCAGUGCAGUUCGUCAUUGGCCGACGAUUCUACACGGGGGCCUACAAAGCAUUAAGGCAUCAUUCUGCUAAUAUGGAUGUUCUGAUCGCCUUAGGAACAAAUGCAGCCUACUUCUAUUCGUUCUACUCUGUGUUGAGAGCUGCUGCUUCUCCAGAUUUCAUGGGGACAGAUUUCUUUGAGACUAGCUCAAUGCUUAUAUCAUUCAUUCUACUUGGAAAGUAUCUAGAGGUUUUGGCUAAAGGAAAGACAUCCGAGGCCAUUGCUAUGCUUAUGGACUUGGCACCUGAGACAGCAAUAUUAUUGACUCUAGAUGAUGAAGGAAAUGUGAUUAAGGAAGAAGAGAUUGAUGGCAGAUUGAUACAAAAGAACGAUGUGAUUAAAAUCCUGCCUGGUGCAAAAGUAGCUUCAGAUGGUUUUGUCAUAUGGGGUCAGAGCCACGUCAAUGAGAGCAUGAUAACAGGAGAAGCAAGGCCAGUGGCAAAGAGGAAAGGUGAUCCUGUGAUUGGGGGUACAGUGAAUGAGAAUGGAGUAUUGCAUAUUAAGGCUACAAAGGUUGGAUCAGAAAGUGCUCUUUCGCAAAUUGUUCGUCUUGUUGAGUCAGCGCAAAUGGCUAAAGCUCCAGUGCAGAAAUUUGCUGAUCGUAUUUCCAAGUUCUUUGUGCCUCUGGUAAUCAUUAUUUCAUUCUCUACUUGGCUUGCCUGGUUUUUAGCUGGGAAGUUCCAUGUCUACCCGAAAUCUUGGAUACCAAAUUCUAUAGACAGCUUUGAGCUUGCUCUCCAAUUUGGAAUUGCUGUUAUUGUUAUAGCCUGCCCGUGUGCUCUUGGUUUAGCAACUCCAACUGCUGUCAUGGUUGGUACAGGAGUUGGUGCAUCUCAGGGUGUUCUAAUCAAAGGCGGCCAAGCAUUAGAAAGUGCACACAAGGUGAAUUGUAUUGUGUUUGACAAGACAGGAACUCUUACAGUUGGAAAGCCAGUGGUUGUUAACACAAAACUCUUCAAGAAUAUGGUACUAGGAGAUUUUUACGAACUUGUUGCUGCGGCUGAGGUAAAUAGCGAGCACCCUUUGGCCAAAGCUAUUGUAGAGUAUGCCAAGAAAUUCAGAGAAGAUGAAGAGAGCCCUGUUUGGCCAGAGGCACAAGAUUUCGUCUCCAUUACUGGCCAUGGAGUAAAAGCUAUUGUCCGCAACAGGGAAAUAAUAGUAGGAAACAGAAGCUUAAUGCUCGAUAACAACAUUAUCAUUCCAGUUGAUGCUGAAGAGAUGCUUGCAGAAACCGAAGAGAUGGCUCAAACCGGGAUUUUAAUCUCUAUAGAUCGAGAAGUCAUUGGAUUACUAGCCAUAUCUGAUCCGCUGAAACCAGGAGCACGUGAAGUCAUUUCCAUUCUCAAGUCUAUGAAAGUAAGGAGCAUAAUGGUGACAGGUGACAAUUACGGAACCGCCAAUUCCAUUGCUAGGGAAGUUGGGAUUGAAACUGUUAUGGCAGAAACCAAACCUGAACAGAAAGCAGAGAAAGUGAAGGAGUUACAGGCCUCAGGCUAUGUAGUGGCAAUGGUUGGCGAUGGAAUAAAUGAUUCACCAGCACUUGUAGCAGCAGAUGUUGGAAUGGCAAUUGGUGCAGGCACAGAUAUCGCCAUAGAGGCAGCUGACAUAGUUCUGAUGAAGAGCAACCUGGAGGAUGUGAUUACUGCUAUAGACCUUUCCAGGAAGACUUUUUCUCGUAUUCGUCUAAACUACAUUUGGGCUUUGGGUUAUAAUUUACUAGGCAUCCCAAUAGCAGCUGGGGCACUUUUUCCUGGAACUGGAUUCCGUUUGCCCCCAUGGGUUGCUGGUGCUGCCAUGGCAGCUUCUUCAGUCAGUGUGGUAAUGUGUUCUCUCCUGUUAAAAAAUUACAAGAGACCCAAGAUAUUGGAAAAUCUAGAGAUUCGUGGAAUAAGGAUCGAGUGACCAAUGACCGGUUGUCGAACCUUCUUUUUUUUUUUCCAUAUUUUUUUAGGUGUUAUAUAGCAAAGAGUUUUAGAGCAUUGCCAGGACCAGCUAAAUGAUGAUGGUGAAUAGCAUUCUUUUCCUUUUCCCGUUUUGUAGAUAUAAAAAUUCCUGUAUAUAUGUGGCUGUAAAUGAAAGAUUGAAGGCGCAUGAUAAAAUUCUUGACUCUUGUUGUUUUGACAGAUAGCCAGUUAGGCAAGUGUGUAUUAAUUUCACCAACUCGAGAAAGUAGAAUCUAACAUGCAACGCCUCUUAUCAGAGUUUCCUAAAAUCUGUAAAUGUAAAUGACAGCAAAGAAAAUCAACCUUCUCUAGCUAAGAAGCAAUCAAGAUGGGGAUCGUUGUUUUUGUUUCGACUCUUGAGAGGAACAUCUUAACCCCAAUUGAUGUUGCAAUUUCCUUUUAAAUAGUUAGCUACAAAAUAAAAACCCAAGAUAUACCUUUCUCUCUACAGUAAUCAAGUAUUAAUCGCUGACGUGAUGUCUCUAAUUUAAUGAAAAAUCCAUACUUUUUGUGUUCUUUCAUUAAGCUGCUAAAGAAUUUUAUUGAUCCAAGUUUCUUUAGUUAGUUUGGGGUAACCAAGGCAAUUUUCUUGCAUCAAUUGGAUUCUUGUCGAAGGACUACAAUGUUAAGAAUGAAGACAAUCGACAUCUUAACAAAUGCGCUAGACGCAAUUGCAGCAUUACUAAACGUAUCUUUGAAAGUUAAUCUCCCAAGGCUCUCAAGCAAACGGAACACACACCAAAAGAAAAAGGAAAAACAGAUGCAAGAGCCUGUACAAGACAAACACAGUGGAACAACUUUUACAUCUUUGAGGGCAACGUUGUUGUCAAGCUUAAUUGAGUCUCACUGUUUUCCCCAGUUGACCUCUGCUUUUGCAGCCUGGCUUUGGCUUUAAAGAGGAUUUUAUGUACUUCAUCAAAGUGAGGCCUUGUCGCAUAUCUUGUAUCUUUGAUCCAUUGCUGAACUUUCUCAUAUGGAGCAAGUAUCCGAUUGUGAUCAUUUUCAUCCAAAACCUAAAUCACAGUAAAUUUUACAGUGAGAUCAUCACACUAGUAACUUCUUUAUGCAAAAUACAAGAGAAACAGACUAGUGAAUUUCUAGCCAAACGACCAUAUAUAAUCAUCAGCAGCAUAUCGUAAUCCUAGAGAGAUAUCAACCAGAGUCGUUGUCCUCUAGCUUUCUCUCAUCUAUGACAUAAAAGAAACACCAGAACUGGAGGAAAAAAUAAGAAAAGGGGCCCACUCUGCUUGAUAGAACAAGUGACUGCAUAAGCUAAAAACAGAGGUUGAUUAAACAUAUAUCCCCAUGUAAAAUAAUUUAAUGCAUUCAUCAGAAA